GAGUGGAUCGCCGCGUUCAUUGAAAAUGACGAAGAAGAGGAGGCCAAUUACCGCGCGCAGCUGUACAAGCGGGGUGAGGACGAGGAGGACGAUCUGAUGUCGGCGGGGCGCGGGCUGGACGAGCGCCAUAACCACGAUGAUGGUUACUAUGAUGAUUUGGAGUUGGAUAUAGAUGAGAGCGUGCUGGAGGGGUUGAUCAUCGUGGGGUUGGCAGCGACUCUGUUGAUCCUGGUGUACAUGCGACAGCAGCGGAAUCGCCAGAGACAGGACGGCGGGAAUCAGGCUGUGGCUGGUGGAGGCAACCGCAAUGGGAAUGGGGUUGGAAAUGGCAACGGGGUGGGCAAUGGGAACGGAUUCGGCGAUCGAGGGUUCUUCCCUCGACCUGGGGAUCCAGAGUUCGCGCAAUGGGCGGCGGGGGGAGUGGGCCAUUAGAUUAGUUGGUUGGCGAUGAAGAAACUGUAGUAGUAGUUUAGAUGUGCAAAGGGUGCCUGAGCAUGUGACUCCGGCUUAUCGAUAAGAGCAGCAGCUUUAUCGCUCUGUCUGCUCUCGUCCUUGAUCUCCAACUGAACUAACUUCAUGAUUGAGACUGAGCAUGUUGAGACAUUGCAAUUCUUCUGCUACGCUUCUCAGUUGACUCAAUAC